UUUACAUCACAGCGAAGUUCCCGGAUGGUCGUAGCCUCUGAGCUCGGAGAGCUUUUCCUGCCCGCCAGGGAGAAGUUUCCCAGAGAAAAAUGCCCCGUGCGCUGCAGCUGCUGGGGAACAAGCAGGAGCCGCCGCCUGCAGCUGUGACCGCCGCCCUCAUCCCGGGAGGGAGCAAACUAGGAAGAUUCUAGGAGCGGAGCACCGCCGGCUCAUUUUACAGAUAAGGAAACUAAGGCAAACAGUGAAUUGUCCAGAGGAACACAGCUAGUAAAUAUCUGAAGACAGAUUUGAAUUCAGAUCCUCCUGACAACACAAGGACUUGCUGUUUCCCCAACUAGAUCAACAUAAUCUCUGAAUUCUCAGAACUAUUAAAGGAAGGCAUUGAAGUGUGGUGAUGAGAGCUUUGUAUUCAAACAAAGCUUGGAGGAGUCAUCGAUGGUGUAGAGAAGAAGACUGCACGAGAAGUCAGAGAAUUUGAAUCCUGACCGCUUCCUACUACCUGCAUGACCCCCAGAAUAUCCCUUCAUCUUCUAUGAUACCGGUUUCUUCAUCCAUAAUAGAAGAAGAGGACCAGGUUUAAUAGUGAUAAUAUUGAAGCUUAAUUUUCCAAGAUGCCUGUUCCUCCCCCUCCAGCACCUCCACCACCACCAACAUUUGCCCUGGCAAACACAGAGAAGCCUUCCUUGAACAAAUCGGAGCAGGCUGGGAGAAAUGCUCUCCUUUCUGACAUUAACAAAGGGAAAAAACUCAAGAAAACAGUCACCAAUGACAGAAGUGCACCAAUAUUGGACAAACCUAAAGGAUCUGGUGGUGGAGGCAGUGGCUUUGGAGGAGGAAGCGGUACUGGUGGAUUUGGUGGAAGUUGUGGUGGUGCUUCUGGAGGUGGUUUUGGAGGGAGUGGUCCACCUGGUUUAGGCGGAUUAUUCCAGGCAGGAAUGCCGAAGCUGAGAUCGACAGCCAACCGAGAUACUGUUUCAGAUUCAGGAGGAAUCCGUCCCCCCAUUUUGCCCCCAGGAGGAAGAGCUACAUCUGCCAAGCCAUUUACCCCUCCAGGUGGUGUAGGGCGAUUUCCCACACCUUCUCCAGGCCACAGAAGUGGUCCUCCAGAGCCCCUGAGGAAUCGAAUGCCUCCUCCUCCCAGGCCUGACCUGAGUUCCAAACCCGACAGUGGGCCACCUCCCGUGCCCAGCACACCAAGACCAACACAAUCCAAUCUCCACAACCGAGGCUCUCCCCCAGUACCCAGCGGAAUACACCGACAGCCCAGCCUGGGGCCAACCCCUCCCCCUUUCCCUGGGAACCGAAGUGCAGGGUUUGGCGGUUCUGUUCGACAGUCAUCUCCAGGCUCCUCAUCCCCUUUCUCCAACAGGCCUCCCCUCCCUCCCGCCCCCAGCAGGGCCAUGGAUGACAAGCCUCCACCACCUCCUCCUCCAAUGGGCAACCGGCCAGCCAUCAAUAGAGAAGGGGCUCCUCCACCUCCUCCUCCUCAAAACAAUAAGCCUCCAGUGCCUUCCACUCCCAGGCCAUCUUCCUCUUCCCAGGCCCCACCGCCUCCUCCUCCCAGCAGGCCGGGUCCUCCUCCUGUGCCUCCAGUUUCCAUUGGCAAUGAUGAAACCCCCAGGCUUCCCCAACGCAACCUAUCCCUCACUUCUUCUGCUCCUCUCUUGCCUUCACCCGGGAGGUCAGGUCCACUUCCUCCCCCUCCCAAUGAGAGGCCACCUCCUCCGGUGAGAGAUCCACCAAGCAGAUCAGGACCUCUCCCACCACCUCCACCUAUAAACAGAAAUGGCAAUACUUCCCGAGCACUGCCUUCUACUCCUCAACUGCCUUCCAGAGGUGGCUUAGAAAACCAGAGAGGUGGCCCAAGGCCUCCUCUUCCUCCAGACAGGCCUGGCUCUGGAGCUCUACCUCCCCCACCACCCUCAUCUUCAAUGAGAAAUGGCUUCCAAGAUUUAUCAUGUGAAGAUGAGUGGGAAAGCAGAUUCUACUUCCAUCCGCUGUCUGAUUUGCCACCUCCAGAGCCAUAUGUACCAAUGACCAAGAGUUACCCCAGUAAAGUGGCAAGAAAUGAAAGCCGAAGUGGCUCCAACAGGAGGGAAAGAGGUGCUCCCCCACUUCCCCCCAUCCCCAAGUGAAUGGGGUGGUCGACCUGCCUCAGCCAAUCGCUAUAUUUACCUGAACUGAAGAGCUGCUUCUGUUGUCACCGUUGGAAAAUCUGUCCCUUCGCUCCCCCUCUUGCCCCCAUCAUUGCCUCUUUUUUUAUGCUCCCUUCAUGUGGCUGAAGGGUAAAAAAUGGGGAUAUAUUGGCUAUAUGUAUAGAUUUUUGUGGAUUUACCAAAAACCAAGUAAUAAAAUGCACCUAGCAUUUAUGACCAGUAUAUAGAUAUAUAUACAUACAUAUGUAUGCAUAUAUAGAAUAUGUGUGUGUGUCUGUGUGUGUGUGUGUAUACACACACACACAGACACACACACAUACACACACACACAUAUGUAUUAUCCUCAAAGCUAGUGCUUACUUCAACUGCUGCCUGCAUGUUGGAAAAUAACAAGUUUCAAAAUUCUUGUUAGCAGAACAAAGUCUGAGCAUUUUCUGCCUAUUUGCCUUAAACCUGUACUUGUUAAAACCUUUUCACUCAUCUUAGAAUGUCUCUUUCAGAAGGCGACUUGCUUAUUUAAUUUUUCUUCCCCAUCUUUGCGUGCUUGGCCUACUUCCUGCUUCUCUGAACCACAGACCAACCGAGGAGAGUUUACUGAGCUCAGGCUCAAAUGAUGCUUUCAUCCCCAGCACUUCCAGCCCUUGGCAGUCUAAGGUAGGGUCUGGGAGAUAGAAGAUAACACAAAAACCUCUUUUUAAAAAACAUUUGGAGGGCAGCUGGGUGGCUCAGUGGAUUGAGAGCCAGGCCUAGAGACAGGAUGUCCUGGGUUCAAAUUUGGCCUCAGAUACUUCCUAGCUUUGUGACCCUGGGCAAGUCACUUAACCCCCGUUGCCUAGCCCUUACCACUCUUCUGCCUUGGAACCAAUACAAAGUAUUGAUUCUAAGUCACAAUGUAAGGGUUUAAAAAAAAAAAAACCAAAACAGUGGACCACAGUUCCAUUUUUUAAAAAGACAACCAAUAAAUGCUUUAGUAAUUAAAAGGUAAACAAAAAAAAGUUAGGAUUCCAUUUUCCUUCUUUAAUAGAGAACUGAAGGCUAAAUAUCAUGUUCUCCCUUUUUUCCUACUGUACCCCAUGCACACAUACACACACCACACCACUAUCCAAAUUUUUAUGCAUAAAUUUGGUGAGUACCUCAAGGUAGAACUUGGUUUGGUAUAGUUUGUAGUCUUGUGGAAACCAAUCACAAGAGAAAAAUUGAAGGUCUUGAGUCUCCCUGGCUCAGAACAAGCUGCUUUAUCCAUCUGUAUGUCAACUGGACUCCUGCCACACCAAUUUGAAGCAACUUUUGUCUUUCUCCCUUUGUGAGACAGAUUCCAUGAAAUCUGUCUGGCAUAAGUCCAGAUUGAUGACGCAGAGGAGAAAAGGAGAGAAAGUGAGGAAAAUGUUGCAUCGAAUUCUAUUAUCUGAAACAUGCACAAAGAGAAACAGAUUUGAGUAGGUGAGCAUGGGGCCUUGAAAAUCCAAGGCUGAAGCUUAUUGAAAUUAGAGCAUUUUGGAGGGAUGGAACACUGGAAAAUAAAAAAUGUUUGUAAGAAAAAUUCAUAUGGAGGGACCCGUUGUCUUGGAGCCCUGUGAAUGAGGCUUCAACAAGAACUAUAGGAAAAUGAUUUCCUUUUUCAUAGUUUUGUUUACAGCGCCUUAAUAAGAUUUUUAUCUUGAGAUGAAUGAGGGGAAGGGGAAAGGGGGAAAAAAGAUUUCCAUCCAAAUGUUUUAUAUUAUUGGUUUUGUCUAAAAUUGUUUCAUAUGUAUUAGUUGUUUCUUAAAAGCACAUUAAUAAUGAGAAUCUGUGGAUCUACCCAAAUUUUUUAUUAGAAUAUCAAUUUAUUAUUCACAAGUUAUUGGUAAACUAAAAAUCAAUCCAAGACAGAUUCAAAAGAUGAAUUCGUAUUUAUAGAAUAAAGUGUCAUCUCAUUAAUGUCCAAUGGAACUUAGGGGUAUCUAAUGAAUUAUUAAGUUACCAAUUUGAAUGCAUUGUGUUUUUUUAUGCCUUUCCUUGCCAAAGUCUUGGAUUUCACACAUGUGAAUGGUUCUUCUUCCCUCUCGUGUCCCGCAUAUAUGAGCCGGUCAGUAAAUGCCAUCUGCCUGCCCUGCAAGAUUCAAGGACUAAAGAGUUAUUGCAAGGGUUGGGCCCAAUAUGUCCAAAAGCGUGAUCUACAAUGUUUGGGGAAUUUAUCUACUGAACAAAAUCAUCUUAUUUUGAAAUCCUCAGAGAGGAUGCCACCUGAAAAGAGCACUUCUCUGGAAUCACAGGACCUGGGUUCAAAACCCCCUUCUCUCCACUGAUGCUUACUGAACUGUGUAUCAGUUCAUUUUCCCUGGGUCUCAGAAGGCUCAUCUAUAAAAUAAAGGGAUUGAAAUAGAUAGCCUCUGAGGUGCCAUCCAGCUCUCUUUACACGUGGUCUUGUUCUUUGAGCUCAUUUUGACAACAUAGUAUCCUUAUGAUGAAGAAGGAGGUCGAGCUUUUGAAUAAUGGCCCAUGACCUUCAGUAUAAAUGUGUUGAAGAAAAAAAGUUGCAAUAGUAAAAAUGGUCCAAGUUUUGUGAAUGGAACAGUUGACUGGUUACAUUCUGUGGCCCAAAUUUUCAGAGAGCAGCUUAAGACUGAGCAUCUUAACUCAAAGUUGCCAACCACCUGAAACUGGUAUAUUUAGAAUGUAUUUUUUUUAAAACAAUGAAUGUUUCAAUAUUCCAGGGAUCUCCACUUGCUUUCUUUAGGGGGGGGGGGGAAGCAAAAAAAAAAAAAAAACAAACCAAAAUCCAGUUCCAGCCAAAACUUCAAAUAGCACCUCAAUGGUAAAACUACAAAAACAAGACAAGAAAAUACUACUGCAAAAAUCAGCAUUUUUUCUUUCCCAAGUCUGAUGUUAUGGUGUGUAUUUUCAUUUUCUAUAAAGUUUUAGAUAUAUUCAAGAUGCAAUACAGUAUUUUAACAUUCAUCAUAUCAUUUUAUAUUAAAGUGUAUUUACAGUAUUAAGAGUCAGUAUUCAAUAUUUAUUUCACUAUGCAUUUUGUUUAGUAAAAAGGGUAAAGUAAGAAAAAAAUCCUUAAUCCAAUGGUGCCUUACUUUGGGAUUUCAAAGAAAUCAACCUUUUUGUGUGUCUAAGUAGUAUAUUAGAAGAAAGAAAGAAAGAAAGAAAGAAAGAAAGAAAGAAAGAAAGAAAGAAAGAAAGAAAGAAAGAAAGAAAGAAAGAAAGAAAGAAAGAAAGAAAGAAAGAAAGAAAGAAAGAAAGAAAGAAAGAAAGAAAGAAAGAAAGAAAGAAAGGUUAAACUUUGGUAUUUUAACUUGUAAUACAAAUUCUGAGACUUUCUUAUAUUUCUUUAGUAGCACAAAUGGGGUGAUUUUUAAAUGCCCAAUGAAUUUUUCUUGCAUGAAAUUCACUUUUUCCUAUUUUACAAUCAGAAACUGUAGAAGGGCAAAUGGUAAAUUUUCAUAGCACUGCACUGUAAACAUGCACAUUUUGAUAUCUGUACAUUGAUAGAUAGCUUAAAUGAUGGAGCCUAGUCAGCAAUAGUGAUCUGCGCCUUUUAAAAUCAGCCAGAUGAUAAAUAAAAACAGAAUGAUCAAGCAUCAA